AACUGACAUGCGGCGCGGCCCGGGCGGCGGGCGGCUGAGCAGCUGGGGGCCGGGCAGCGCGAGCGGCCGAGCGGGCGGCUGGGCCCGCGGGGCGAGCGGCGUUCCAGCCUCGGCGCUCAGAGGGCGGCGGAGGUGCGGCCAGGAGCCAUGGUGAUCAUGUCCGAGUUGAGCGCGGCCCCCGCGGGCUCGGGCCACGGCCAGCACAAGCCCCUCCGGGUGGGCUUUUACGACAUCGAGCGGACCCUGGGCAAGGGCAAUUUCGCGGUAGUCAAGCUGGCCCGGCAUCGAGUCACCAAAACCCAGGUUGCAAUAAAAAUAAUCGACAAAACACGAUUAGAUUCAAGCAAUUUGGAGAAGAUAUAUCGUGAGGUUCAGAUCAUGAAGCUUCUGAAUCACCCUCACAUCAUAAAGCUUUAUCAGGUUAUGGAAACGAAGGACAUGCUUUACAUUGUCACUGAAUUCGCAAAAAACGGAGAAAUGUUUGAUUACUUGACGUCCAAUGGGCACCUGAGCGAGAGUGAGGCCCGGAAGAAGUUCUGGCAGGUGCUGUCUGCUGUGGAGCACUGCCACAGCCUCCACAUCGUGCACCGGGACCUCAAGACCGAGAACCUGCUGCUGGACGGCAACAUGGACGUCAAGCUGGCAGAUUUCGGAUUUGGGAAUUUCUACAAGUCAGGAGAGCCUCUGUCGACGUGGUGUGGGAGCCCCCCGUACGCAGCCCCGGAGGUCUUCGAGGGCAAGGAGUACGAAGGCCCCCAGCUCGACGUCUGGAGCCUGGGUGUCGUCCUGUAUGUCCUGGUCUGCGGGUCUCUCCCCUUUGACGGGCCCAACCUGCCAGCGCUGCGGCAGCGGGUCCUGGAGGGCCGGUUCCGCAUCCCCUUCUUCAUGUCCCGAGACUGUGAGACGCUGAUCCGCCGCAUGCUGGUGGUGGACCCCGCCAAGCGCAUCACCAUCGCGCAGAUCCGGCAGCACAGGUGGAUGCAGGCCGAGCCCUCGCUGCUGCAGCAGACCUGCCUCGCCUUCUCCUUGCUCAGCUACAGCUCCAGCCUGGGUGACUACGACGAGCAGGCGCUGGGCAUCAUGCAGACCCUUGGCGUCGACCGGCAGAGGACCGUGGAGUCACUGCAGAACAGCAGCUACAACCACUUUGCUGCCAUUUAUUACCUCCUGCUCGAGCGGCUGAAGGAGUACCGGCUCGCCCCGCCCACCCGCUCUGGCCCUGCCCGGCAGCACAGGCCCCGGAGCACAGACCUCAGCGGUUUUGAGGUGCCUCAAGAUGGCUUCCCCGGGGAUGCGUUCCGCUCCUCCCUGCUGUGCCCCCAGCCCCAGGCCUUGGGACAGUCUGUCCUGCAGGCCGAAAUGGACUGUGACCUCCACAGCUCACUGCAGCCCUUGCUCUUCCCCACGGAUGCCAACUGCAACGGGGUGUUCCGGCAUCGCUCAGUCUCCCCGAGCAGCCUGCUGGACACAACCAUCAGCGAGGAGGUCAGGCAGGGCCAGGGCCUGGAGGAGGAGCAGGAGGCACAGAAACCCCCUCCCAGCAGCACAGGCCGGAGGCACACGCUGGCCGAGGUCUCCGCCUGCUUCUCCCCUUGUGCCCCUCCAUGCAUAGUUGUCUCACCCUCUGCAGCCAGUCCCUCGGAAGGCACCAGCUCCGACAGCUGUCUCAGCUCAGCAGGUGACAGCCCGGCGGGGCUCAGUGGACACCUGGCUGCUCAGGGGCUGGUGGGCACCUGCUCGCCGCUCAGACUGGCCUCACCGCUCCUGGGGGCCCAGUCCGCCACCCCCGUGCUGCAGGCCCAGGGGGUGCUGGGAGGAGCCGCCCUGCUUCCCGUCAGCUUCCAGGAGGGCCGGAGAGCGUCGGACACCUCGCUCACUCAAGGGCUGAAAGCCUUUCGGCAGCAGCUGAGGAAGAACGGGAGGACCAAAGGGUUUCUGGGGCUGAACAAGAUCAAGGGGCUGGCGCGCCAGGUGUGCCUGCCCUCCUCCUCCAGCCGGGCCUGCAGGGGCGGCCUGAGCACCUUCCCGCUGCCCGCACAGAGCCCGGGCCUGCAGGGCAGCGGGGCCAGCGGCCGGGAGGGCAGGCGCCUGCUGGAGGAGGUGCUGCAUCAGCAGAGGCUGCUCCAGUUACAGCACCACACGGUGGCCCUGCCCAGCUGCCCGCAGGCCCCGCAGCCGCCCCCGAGCCCCCUGGUCCUCGCCCCCCGUGACGGUGGCCUCCUCGUGUCUGGACUGCAGAAGGAGCUGGGGCUGGGGCCAGGCCCCCUGCUGCCGCCCCACCUGCUCCAGGCUGGCGUCUCCCCAGUGGUGUCGGCCGCCCAGCUCCUGGACGCCCACCUGCGCAUCAGCAGCCCCGCGGCCCCCAUCCCCGCCACCGCGCACCCCCAGCCGUGCUUCGCCGUCCUGCCUCCAAGCUUUGAGCCCACGGGGCUGCCCCAGGGGGACUGCGAGAUGGAGGACCUGACCUCGGGCCCGCUGGGCACGUUUGUCCUGGUGCAGUGAGGGCCCUGGUGGGCCAGCCGACUUCCUGAAGCAAUAAUUUCAGAGGAUGUGAAGACGUUCCCGGACUCAAAGCCAAUAAGUUUCUAGAAGCAAAACAAGCAAUACGAUUGGUGUUUUGGCUUUUUAGUUUUUUUGUUUUAUGUUUUCCUUGCACUGGGCAACUGCAACUCUGAGUAGGGACUGGAAACUUUCUGAAGAAAACUAAUAAUCCAGGGACGCGUUGCUGGGGCAGGAGGACGGGGCGGGAUGGGGCGGCGGGGCACAGCCGGCCGUGCAGCCCGGGCCCCCGGUGUGAGCCGCAUCCGUGCACGCGGGUAAGCGCAUCCCCGUCGCGUGUGCGUGUGUGUGCGUGUCGAUGAGUAGUGUUUUGGGGUAAGAGUUCUCCACUUCUGAAACAUUUAUGCUUCACUUGAAAACUGUGAACUUUCUCCUUUACGUAUCGGGGUUUGAAAAGCUCUAACGUCCAGCCCAAGAGACAGUAACCUACAAGUUCUUGGAAUUCUCUCCCCUGAAAUCACAACCUGGAGGAUGGUUUUUUCUUAAUUUGGAAGAGACAGUUUAUCAACCGCUCGGGAGCUGGUUUCCAGGAUUCUUCGGAGGGGGCUGCAAAGGAGAGCCUGAGUGGGUGGGGUGACCACGAAGCUUGGCCCCAGGGCGCCUUGGAGGAAGCCGGAGAAGUUCCUUCCUCCUGCACCUCUUACUUCUGCUGCUAAUUAAGUUUUUAUGCAUUUCAUUAUCAGGGUCCAAAAAGAACAACUGACGGGGGGUGGGGGGGUAGGGUGUCGUGCAAUACAGCGAUUCCGUGACGGUGGGGUGGGGCGGGGCCAGGAGGGGCCUCAGGCCAGUGGUGACUGGGGGCCGCCCACCUUGUCCAGCCUGCGCUUGGUGGGCUUUUCGUUCUAGGAAAUGAGAGGGGAGGUCAGUGCUAUUCAAGCUUUGUUCCUUUUUUAAAGCAAAUACUGUACAUGUGUAUAAAUAGGAGACAGACGUACACUACUUAUUUUUUAUAUUUUUUACUACAUUUUUGUGUUGCUGGUUUGAAUUGUCCCCUCUGGUAACGUGACAAAGCGCUGGCACUGGUCUGCGUGGAGGUGGGGCUGGGAGGAGGGAGGCGUGGGGUGUGCCCACCUGGCAGGUGGACUCAGAUGGUGGCUCGGUCAGCGUCUGAGAAGAUCUGCCCCUCCCCCGCCGAACCCAGGUAGGUGCCUUCCACCCCUUCGGCUCCUGAGACCCUCAGUAUUAAGCAGAGGUGAUGCUGCCCGAGCAGGUGGCAUCUGUAGAAGCCAAAGAUUGCCGAGCUCCCCAGGGUGGGGAGGCCCCCACCCUCCUCCUGCCGGCCCUGCCGCCCCUGCUCUGUGGCUCUUUCCAGGGACAGCACGCUCUGUGGCGCCGGCCGCAGAGAAGCCACCUCAGCCUCCUGUCGCUCGCAGGGAAGGUGUGGGCCGGGUGGGCACAGGGGCCUCGGGCCCUGGCCUCGGCCUUCAGCUCCGCGGAGGCACCGUCCACCCCGCAGCCGCCUCCCCCUUUAAUGAAUCUCUGUUCUAACGCCGUCGAUCAAAGGCCUCAGAACCGUGGCAAGCACUUUACUCUCAGCUGAUUUCUCUCGCCGUUGGUCGCGUUCCGUGUUGUGUCCGGCGUGUGCAAUGCGCGUGCGGGAGGUUUCUCGGCAGCGUGUCCUGCAGACUGAACGCAGGAGCCUGUUCGAAGGCACUGCGAGGUCUGAUUAAGAUGUACAUAGUUUGGGAUUUUCUUUUUCUUUUUCUUUUUUUACCAUAACUGAAUUAUUUCUUAUGUUAACAUGAGAAAUGUAUGCCAAAUGAUUAGUGGAUGUAUGUUUUUUAAUUUAAUAUUUAAAUAAAAUGUUUGGGGAAGAAACGUUGACCCCUCCCCUC